CCCGUCCCGCCGCUCCCCCCGGCAAAGUUUCGCUGCAGCAGCAGCAGCGGCGGCCGCGGCCCAGCCGGCGCCUCACGGACACCCGCCCUGGGGAGGCCGCCUGCUCCGCGCCGGAACUAAAUUGGAAGCAUCGAUCAUCAUUUUUGAUGUGAAGACUUCAUCACUGACCAUCUCUAUGUUCCUUUGUCAUCCUCCAGGAAAUAAUACAGCUCAUCAGUUGCAAUAACUGCUUUGGGUAUACACUGACACUUACUUGGAAAAAACCAAAUAAACAAAAAAAACCCUACAGACAAAACCCAACAAACUUUUUGAAGACUUGUGUCAAAUGACGUCAAUGGCCAGUUUGUUCUCCUUUACUAGCCCAGCUGUAAAGCGUCUGUUGGGCUGGAAACAAGGAGAUGAAGAGGAAAAAUGGGCAGAAAAAGCUGUUGAUGCCUUGGUAAAAAAGCUGAAAAAGAAAAAAGGUGCUAUGGAAGAACUGGAGAAAGCCUUGAGCAGUCCAGGACAGCCCAGCAAGUGCGUUACUAUUCCUCGCUCUUUAGAUGGACGGCUCCAGGUUUCUCACAGAAAAGGCCUUCCCCAUGUGAUUUACUGUCGUGUGUGGCGCUGGCCGGAUCUACAAAGCCAUCAUGAGCUGAAGCCAUUGGAUAUUUGUGAAUUUCCUUUUGGAUCCAAACAAAAGGAAGUCUGCAUUAAUCCAUACCACUACAAGAGGGUGGAGAGCCCAGUUCUACCUCCAGUGUUAGUGCCUAGACAUAGUGAAUUCAACCCCCAGCACAGUCUGCUAGUUCAGUUCAGGAACCUCAGCCACAACGAGCCCCACAUGCCACACAACGCGACAUUUCCCGACUCCUUCCAGCAGCCCAACAGCACUCCCUUCUCCAUCUCUCCAAACAGCCCCUACCCCCCUUCUCCAGCCAGCAGCACUUACCCAAGCUCCCCAGCCAGCUCUGGGCCAUCAAGUCCCUUUCAGCUACCAGCUGAUACUCCACCUCCUGCAUAUAUGCCCCCUGAUGAGCAAAUGGGGCAGGAUAAUUCACAGUCUAUGGACACAAGCAAUACAAUGAUCCCUCAAAUCAUGCCAAAUAUAUCUACCAGAGAUGUUCAGCCCGUUGCCUAUGAAGAACCCAAACACUGGUGUUCCAUUGUGUAUUAUGAAUUAAAUAAUCGUGUUGGGGAGGCUUUCCAUGCAUCUUCCACAAGUGUCUUAGUAGAUGGGUUUACAGAUCCCUCCAAUAACAAAAACAGGUUCUGCUUAGGUUUGCUCUCCAACGUUAAUCGCAACUCAACGAUCGAGAACACUCGAUGGCACAUUGGCAAAGGAGUUCAUCUCUACUAUGUUGGUGGAGAAGUCUAUGCUGAGUGUUUAAGUGAUAGCAGCAUAUUUGUACAGAGCAGGAACUGCAACUACCACCAUGGCUUUCAUCCAACAACUGUAUGCAAGAUUCCCAGUGGAUGCAGUCUGAAAAUUUUUAACAAUCAGGAGUUUGCUCAGCUUUUAGCUCAGUCUGUCAACCAUGGAUUUGAAGCAGUGUAUGAGCUCACCAAAAUGUGCACCAUUCGAAUGAGUUUUGUAAAGGGCUGGGGAGCUGAAUAUCACCGACAGGAUGUCACAAGCACCCCGUGCUGGAUAGAAAUUCAUCUUCAUGGGCCCCUCCAGUGGCUGGAUAAAGUACUUACACAAAUGGGUUCUCCUCUUAAUCCCAUCUCAUCUGUUUCAUAGUGCUGAAAUUCCAUCUUCAGCCUUAUUUUUAGCGAACUUAUUCUAAUUCUAGAGAAACUUCCAGUGGAUACUGUGAGCUAUAUGGAGAAUGGAUCUUAUGAUUUAACUUUUUUUUUUUUAGAUCCCUUUGUGACCAAUUCAAUUGUGUAUAGCUAAUCAGUUUUACAUUUCAAAUUGUUCUUGUGAUGCUUAAGUGACAGUUGAGCCCUAAGGAAAAAAAAUAGUCUAUUGAAAAAUUCAGAACACUUUCCCUUCUUCCCCUAGAACUUAAACAGACAAAUGUCUUAACUGGAAAACCUUUUUGUCCUGUAGGGACAAGAAUUAAUGAAGACUGACUUCAGGCAAUAAAUACAUAUCAUAAUUUGGGAUUUUUUUUUUUAAUGUUUAUGAAAUUGUUUGAACAUGUGCAGUUACAGCUUGCAAGCUGUAUUUUUAGCAUAGUGUUUUAACAUCUUAAGGUUGACAUCUGUCAUAAGCAAAAUUAGACUUUUUUGUGGCUCAUUUGCCUCAGAUUGAACAAUGUGAUUUUUUUUUUAAGUGUACACAUGAAAAAUACUUUUUACAAAUAUUGGAGUGGUGUAAAAACACUUGUAUUUUCUAUUGGAAAAUGCUAUCAUAAACACAUUGUAUAUUAAUGCAGAAUAGCAGUUCUUAGCCUUUUCCCACUUUGGUUUUGUAAUAUCUCUUUUAACCACCAUUUAAAAUAGUAAUUGAUCCAGGGUAAACAUCCUGCACGUUUCUGGAGUAGUGGUUCUUGUUUUGCUUUGAUUUACACUCAUGCCAUUUGGAUUUGGUUGCCAAGGCUAUUUCUUUUUAGGUACCUUUCUCUAUUUUAACAUAAACACUACUAUUUGUAAAUGGCAGUGCUUACUACUUUUUGGAAGGAAUAAGUUUUUUGUUUUCUUUUUGGUGUUCUAGCUUUUUAUUUUACCUGUCUGGAAUUGAUCUGUCUUAGGCCUUUUUAGUCUCUCAGUAGACGCUAUGCAGUAUUAGUGAUUACACUGUAUUUAAUUCA